AUGCCUUAAGUAGAAAUCAAUCAACUUAAUUUACUCACAGAUUAAGUUUUAUCAUUAGAUAAUCCUAGUUAUGCUUAGUCACAUAGUUUCACUUUUAAUUUUGGAGUAGAAUUUACAAAAGUGCCUUAAAUGUUAUUUAGCGUAACUCAUGCAGAUUUGAAAUUAAAUCCUGUAGCAUCUGUCAGCUUUUUAGUAAAUUUAGAUUCAAUCAGCACAACUUAAUUUAGCCUUACUGUUUCAAAGGUAAUGGAUGAAGUAUUAAAAGGACUUCAUGUAUAGUAUUUAGCUAUUAACAAUUAAAAUGCUUAUGUAAUAAAUGUUAAAUUUGAUUUUUACUCAUUACAAUAAAGGGAAGUUAAUGGUUGGAUUAAAGCAUAAUAAACAUAUAAUUAUUAAAGAAGUAAUUUUGAUUAAAGUCAAUGGGAAGUAAGUAUCACUGUCUUUAUCAGAGGAGUAGAAAAAGUAAUGGAACCUAAAUCACCAGCAUCAACUUAGUUUUUUAUUGGAAAUUAUCAAGUAGUUUAAUCUACGAAUAGCUUUAAUAUCAUUUUUAAUUCACCUGACACAUAAAAUGCAAGGGACUAAAAUUUAAUUUAUUUUAAUUAUCUUGAAUUCUAUAAGAGAAAAAAUAAUAACUAUUUCAACAUACAAACAUAAGUAGACGACUCUGCCAAUCCUACUAAUUCAACUAAUCCAUUAUUAAACAAUGCUACUCCAGGUAAUAGGACUAGUAUAAUGCCUAUGUACAAUGUUAAUGUUAAUAACGUCAAGGCUAUUAUGUAUGGAUUAUCUGGUUUUAAUGUUAGAUAUGAUUAUUUUUUUAGACUCGAAUUGACAGGGCCAUAACUAAAAUAUGAUCCUGUAUAAUAAUAAUAUUAAUUUUACUAUUAAUACAAUACCUGGUUGGACACUAAAGUGCUUUUUGUUCAAAGCUAAUUUUUGGUAUUAUCAUAAAUAAACUGCAAUUAAAAUAAUACUCUCUUUUUAGAUGAUUUGCAAUCUUGUGUUUCUAAAUGCGCUCUAGGUUAUUAUUAAGCAACCACAAUCGAUCCUGUAUUAGGAACUAUUAACUAUUGUGGAAAAUGUGAUCCUUCGUGCAUAUACUGCACUGGUAGAAGUAUUAGUAAUUGUUUGCGUUGUCCUUAAGGCUAAUAUUUUUAUAAUGCAAUAUGCCAUGAUAAUUGUCCAAAUGGAUAUUUAAAAAAUAUCUAAACAUAAAAUUGUGAUACUUGCACAGACUAUGACAACCCAGACUGCUUUUCGUGUAAUAAAAAUUGUUUCUAAUGUGACUUAUCUGCCAUAAAUGUUUGCACAAGCUGUGAUACUUAAACAAAAUAUUUGGAUUCAGAUAAUACCUGUAAAUGUUUGAAUUAAAAAGAUUAAAGAAAUAAUUUUUUUUAAUGCAGCUACAAUGAUAAUGCUGUAACAAAUUAUUUCCUAAGUACAACUCCGAGAUAGUUAGUAAUUGAUUUUGGUUUUCCUAUUUAUAGCUUAUCAAAAAACUCUAACACUCCUUAAUCUCUAUGCCAGUAUAUAUUUACCUCUGCAGCGAUUAACGUAAUGGGACCUAAUCCUGACUGUUCUAUUCAAUAAAAUUACAUUGUUGUAAAUUUAGAUGAUUCAUCUACUCUUACAGGAGCAUAAAUUUAAUUUUAGUAGCCAACAUUGUAGUUUGUGAAUGCUACAUCUCCAAUUUCUUAAUAUUACAUUUUCAAAUCGACUUAAAACUUUUGUCUAAACAGUACAGUUAAUUUCUUAUACAAUCCAAUACAAAGUACUUGUGACCCUCUCACAAUUCAGUUUAAAAAUAUUACAGGAGAUGAAGGAAGAUAGCUUGUAAGCUUUAAUUGGACAUUAAUUUAGGUUACUGGUACUAUAAGUGAUUAAGAGUUAUAAGGAAUUAAUUAAGUUUUAUAAUAAGCUAACACUAACAACAGCACUUCUUUAUUUUAAUUGAACUUGAUAUCAGAUAGUAAAAUAUAAAAUACACAGAUUGUGUCAGUAGAUGUGUUAAUUACUUAAUUAUUUGUUAUGCUUUAAGGAGGUCGUAAUCAAAUUAUAAGCUAUCAAAAAUUGUAUUCUUUGAAUUCUAUAUAUAGAGAUUAUGAAAUCCAAGAUAGUAAUGCUGAUUAGAUGAUUAAUUUUAACUGGAUUUGUCAAAACCUCUUAACUCCAGAUAAGAAAUGUUAUGAUUAUAAUAAUUAAUUAAUUACUUUCCAACAAGGGAAAAGUAGUAUCAGUAUUCCAAAAAGAACAUUUAAGCCUUACACAAUUAUUUAAUUUACUCUUUAAAUUUCUAAGGACUCAAGAAAUUCAACUGAAUAUGCAAUUUGUUAUUUUUCAGAAUUUGAUAUACCACCACUAUUAGUAAGAACUCCAAUUUAUUAGAUGAACUAAUAAUUUAAUCUAAAUGAAGAUUUGUUUUUCACUUUAGUUUACGAUAGUAGUGUUUCUACAAAUAUACUAUCAUAUGCAGGAGCUAUUCUUUAUAAUAAUACAGUAGUUGCUGCUAUAAAAUUUGAUUACUACCAAGUCAAAUUUAGAAUAUGGAAUUACUUUUAAGAUAUUGAUCCCUCUUUAAAUUCUAUUUAAAUACGUUUUUCAGUUUACAAUCCUUCUUAUGUAAUGCCCAGUAUUUCAACUAUAGACCUAUUAAUAAACAUACCUCCUAAAAAUUGUGUGUUAACUAUUAAUCCUCAAUAUGGCAUUGCUCUCUAAACUAAAUUUUUGAUUAAAUUUUCUAACUGCUAAGAUACAGAUCUCCCUUUAACAUUUCAAUAUUUUUAUUAUAAUUCAGUAGAUGAUUAUAACUAAGAAAUUAUCUCUCCUUGGAAUAUAGUCCGAAGAUAACUUAGUGAUUAAGUUGUUAGUUAACAAUUCCAAACUAUUUUACCUCAAGGUAAUUUAUUGAUUUUGAGUUAGGUGAUGGAUUCUAGACUAGGUGUUUCUAAUAGUACAUUAAGCAUUAAUGUUUACUCUUAGAAUUUAACAGAUUCAAACUAUUAUUAAUAAGUUAACCAGUUAAUUUAAUAAAAUUUGCAAAAUUAUUUAACAACAACUAACUUAGUAUCAAACUUGUGUGUAAUUGGAGAAGAUGUGACAAAGAACACUUAAUAUUAAAAUUCUCAAUAAAUUAAUGAUUUAAAAUAAAAUCUAAUUACUAACUUAUAAUUAUUUUCUUAGCAAAUACCAAAAUCAUCAUUAAUUGCUACCUACGCUAAUAAAGUAAUUGCAUAAUUGUAGUAUUCUAUUUUUCAAUAACCAGAUUUAUAAAAAAGUUCUAUAUACAGUUAUAUCUAAUCGACUAUACAAAAAACACAAGCAAACAAACAAAGCAAUACUAUUAAUAAAUUGUAAUAGAAUAAUGACUUAUACACACAGAAUUUAAUUGACUCUUAUAGAAUAUUAAAUUCUACAGUAACUCUAAAUACAAAUAAUAAGUUUGAUGAUUUGAUGUAAUACAAUAAUAUAUCAAAUGAAAUUGCUAGCUACAUAUCUAAUAACAUGAUUCCAAAUGAAGGAAACCUUGAAAUUUAAGGUAAUUUAUCUAAUAUUUUAUCUGAUUCAAUCACUGAAAAAAAUUUAAAAUAUUACGUUUUGCCUAACGAUGACUCACAAUUUUCCUUAAAUUCUACAAAUACAUAUGUAAUAGCAAGAAAUAAUUAUUAAUAAAAUAUUUAUGAGAGCACAUCUAGCUUCUAAGCAUAUGUGAAUAUUUUGAAUAAAUAGAAUGGUAAUAAAGGUUAUUCUAAGAAUAAAUUGAUAGUAACAUCUAUAAACAAUACUUAGGCAAAUGGACCAAUUUUAAAUUCUACAAUUAUAUACUAAUUUAAAAAUGUAAAUGUAAGUAAUAAUAGCAAUAUGACAUGCUUAUAAUAAGCUGAUACAAUCUGGACUAACUUAAACUGUGGUGUUUUGAAUUAAGAUAAUAAGGACUAUGCUUGUUUUUGCAAAAAAUAAUCACCAACAACAAUAAUUGAUAAUAUUGAGGCUGUAUUUACGUAAAAUGAAAAUCUAAAAACUGCUUUUGGAGAAUAAGGUGCAUAAAAUAUUGCAAGUUUUAGUGAUUUUUAUAAGUAUGUAUGUGUUUGGGCUUUAUUUGCAUUUACAAUAGGCUAAAUAGUAUUAUUCUUAGUUGGAAGAUAGUUAGACUUAAAAACUAUUUCAAAAAUGGAUUUAAAAGAUAGUCAAAAUAAGCUAAACAAUGUAUUGGAACAAAAAAAUUAACAAUAAGAAUAAUUUCAAGAGAAAAUAUAAAAUCUCGAAAAGUAAAUAAAAUAAGAUCCCUAAUUUCAUUAACGUAAAGAGACAAAAAGCAAAAAAAUAUAAAUUUAAAAAAUACAUCCCUAGAGUAACUCAAAUAACUUGAAAAUUAUAAAAUAGGUAUCUCCUUUCUAAGUUUCUGAUUUACAAUUAAUGAAUGACAAAGAUGAAGAUUUUAACUUGUAAUAACCACAUAACCAAGAAUAAUUAACCUCAUAAAGAAAAUCAUCUACUAAAUAAUAGACAGACAACUAAAUCACUCGCUCUGAUUUAAAAUAAAUGAAUAAUUCAGAUAUUUUAAAAGAGUUAUUUUAAGAAAAUAUAUCUCCAUAUCAAGUAUAAUACACUUAAAAAAGCAAUGAUUAAGAAAAUGACUUUAAAACAGAAACUUAAGAGUUAGUGAUAGAAAGCUUAUAGAAUAUAAAAUAAUAAACUAAUAAUAAAAUUCUCAAUUUCUACAAAACAACAAUAAUCACAUUCUCUAUCUUUUAAAUCUGA